UCAAGACGCCCCGCCCCGGGAUCGGUGGCGCCGCGCCGCGCAGGCGCAGGCGCAGGCGUCGCUGCCUCGGGCACCUCCCAGGCUCCGCGCCUGCGCACUGCCGUCCGCCGCGCCUGCGCACUGCUGUCCGCCACGCCCCGCAGUCUCCUGGGUACAAGCGGGGAGACAUGGUGCUGUCGGAGCUAGCGGCGCGCCUCAACUGCGCUGAGUACAAGAACUGGGUGAAGGCGGGCCACUGCCUGCUGCUGCUGCGCAGCUGCCUGCAGGGUUUCGUCGGCCGUGAGGUGCUCUCCUUCCACCACGGCCUACUCGCCGCAGCCCCCGGCCUGGGGCCACGCGCCGUCUGCCGCGGCGGCUCACGGUGCAGCCCGCGCGCCCGUCAGUUUCAGCCUCAGUGUCAGGUGUGCGCUGAAUGGAAACAGGAGAUUUUGAGACAUCACGUCAACAGAAAUGGAGACGUGCACUGGGGAAACUGCCGGCCGGGCCGCUGGCCCGUGGACGCCUGGGAGGUGGCCAAGGCCUUCAUGCCCCGAGGACUAGCAGACAAACGAGGACCUGAGGAAUGUGAUGCGGUUGCUCUUUUAAGUCUCAUCAACUCCUGCGAUCACUUCGUGGUUGAUCGAAAGAAAGUCACAGAGGUAAUUAAAUGUCGUAAUGAGAUCAUGCACUCUUCAGAGAUGAAAGUAUCUUCUACGUGGCUUCGAGAUUUUCAGAUGAAGAUCCAAAAUUUUCUGAAUGAAUUCAGGAACAUCCCAGAGAUUGUGGCAGUAUACUCCAGAAUAGAACAGCUGUUGACAUCUGACUGGGCUGUUCACAUCCCUGAGGAAGAUCAGCGAGAUGGGUGUGAAUGUGAAACGGGAACUUACCUGAGUGAGAGCCAAGUCAAUGAAAUAGAAAUGCAGUUACUAAAGGAGAAACUUCAAGAGAUAUAUCUUCAAGCAGAAGAACAAGAGGUGUUGCCUGAAGAGCUCUCAAAUCGACUAGAAGUGGUGAAGGAAUUUCUGAGAAACAAUGAGGAUCUUAGAAAUGGCCUUACAGAAGAUAUGCAGAAGCUAGACAGCCUCCGUCUACAUCAGAAACUGGAUUCACAGGAACCUGGGAGACAGACACCUGACAGGAAGGCCUGAGUCAUCCACUCCUGACUUCCUCCUGCUGGUUUCCCAAACUGCGCAAUGACUGCCCCAUCGUAGGCAGUGGUCUGCGGAGUCGGCCUCACUUUCACCUUUCCCCGCAUCUACUUGUUUCCAAGGCCAGCGGUACUUAACUGGGUCAAGUUGCCUGUGGACCUUCAGGAACAGAAUUGCCAUGUUCCUCGCUGCCUGCAGGAAGGGCUCCAUUCCAAGCCCAGUGAAGAUGUGUGCCUAUCCAGCCGCCUACCAAGGAUGUCAUCUGUAGAAUGGGUGGAGGGCAGGGGUUUAUUUGGUGUACAUUUUUAUGUUAAAAUGCACUUAAUAUCACUCUGGAAAGCCCAAAUGAGUGCAGAUGUGCCUGUAACUUCCUCCUCUAAUCUGUCCAGGUAGUAUUUAAUCUUUAGUCUUACAUUUUCUUUCUCCCUUCAUUUCAUGGAAUUCCUUGAGAAAACUUCAACAGUAAAGAAAGAAAUUUCAUUCAUCUCACAACUCUUCCAAAUAAGAAACUUAGCGAAAUAUUUCCGAGCUUCUAGAUGUGCAAUACAAAACUUGGGAUCAAAUGGAAUCUUGAUUCAUUAACCAAUUUAAGAUCUGACUUCUAAUUUUAGGAACUUUGGGUUAUGAACGCUUCCAUUUUAUACCUGUGUCUAGUUAGUUUGCCCACAAGCUUUUAUCAAGGGUCCACCAUGUGCCAGCCCCUGAAGUAGAUAUAAAUACAAGGAUGUGUAAGGUAUGGAUGAUGGUAUACGAGCUGUCAUCUUACUGGAUUUGUCCGCUCUGAUAAAGAUACGGUUCCGAAAACUUUUUAAAGCCCCAGAGAGGACUUUAAGGCAAUGUAGCAUCAUAUAUAGAGACAUCAACCUGUUGAUAUCUUUCUAUUUAACGGAACUGUGCACCUGGGCACAAGGGUGUGCACAACAGGAUGUGUACAGCAGCACUGUUAAAGUGUAGCGCAUUAUACUACAGGAUCUUAUGCAACUGUUGGAAAGAAUGAAGCGACGCCGCACUGUGGUCGUGCAGUGGUCUCAGACAUACUAACUAGAAAAGCAAAAGGCUUAACAAUGCAUAGCAGUCGCGCGCGGUGCCUCACGCCUGUAAUCCUAGCACUUUGGGAGGCUGAGUGGGGCAGAUCACCUGAGGUCAAGAGUUUGAGACCAACCUGGCCAACAUGGUGAAACCCUGUCUCUACUAAAAACACAAAAAAGCCGGGCAUGGUGGCACGUGCCUGUAAUCCCAGCUACUCCGCAGGCUGAGGCAGGAGAAUCGCUUGAACUGGGGAGGUGGAGGUUGCAGUGAGCCGAGAUCACACCACUGCACUCCAGCCUGGGUGACAGAGGGAGACUCCGUCUCUAAAAAACAACCAAAAAAACAAACACAAGAAAACAAUGCAUAGCAAGCUAUAAUGUUGUUUGUGUUUUAGAAUAGUAGAGGUCUGGAAAGUUGUUUGCUUUUCCCCAGUUUUUUCCACUGUGUUACCUCUGUAGGAAAUUGAGGUAGAGGGGAGAGUUAGAAGGAAUAUUUGGUUUUUCUGUUUUAUAUCCUCCUGGGUGAAAUUUUUAUAACAAACAUGUACUGGUGUAUUUUGAAUGUUUUUAAAAUUUUAUAUUUCAGAAUAAUAAAAUAUAAAUUCAAACUGCAA